AAGAGAGAGAGGCAAGGAGACGGGGGGGGAGAGACAGAAAUAAAGAGAGGAGACAGCGAGAGAAAGAGAGAGAAAGAGAGCUGCAGAUUAAGACGGUCGUUUUUCUGUGAAAACUCGUUGUAUUGUGUCUGCAGUCAGUCCAAGAAAAAGAGCCAGCGGGGUCACUUUCCGUGCGCAUCUAACGCACCAUAUCUCCAAGCAUCGUUGGUGAAGACAUGUUUCAGGAGAUACAAAUCCCUAUUUGAUUUGGCUUAGUCUGCCCGAGAGUUACCGUGAAGUCGGCUGGAAAUGAACUCUGAAGGUACAUGUCGGUCUCAUGAUAAGAGUCGGCGCUUCUCCUCCUUCCCCAUCCACAUGAGAAGUUUGACUGGAGCUGGUUGAAAGGAGGCUACCUGUGUUUCCGAUUGGCUGUUUAAUCUUUGUAGCUCCAACAACGGGACGACUGUCAUACAGGACGCUGAGGGUUGCAUGCAUCAGUGCCAAGAAAUUGCAUUACGUGGGAGACUUCUGUUAAGGAGACUCUGAGACAUUUCUAGAGGAUGGAGGUGGGAGCUGAGCAAGGACGCACACAGGUGAACGGACGCAGUGAGGCCACGGCCAGAGAACCACGCUCCUCUCCCUGCACCAGCCUGAAGAUGUUUCUGGUGGCUUUGUCCUUUGCCUAUUUUGCAAAGGCUCUGUCGGGGAGCUACAUGAAGAGCACAAUAACUCAGAUGGAGAGGCGCUUUGACAUCCCCAGUUACCUAAUAGGUGUCAUUGACGGGAGCUUCGAAAUAGGCAACCUGUUGGUGAUAGCUUUCGUCAGUUACUUUGGGGCCAAGCUCCAUCGGCCAAAGAUCAUUGCAGUGGGUUGUGUACUAAUGUCCAUUGGCACCUUCAUCAUCGCUCUGCCUCACUUCAUCAUUGGACGCUAUGAAUUUGAAACGUCGGUGCGGUGGGUAGUGAACUCAACACUUAACCCCUCACCUUGUCCAGUGGGCUCACCAUCAGACCUAACCAAAGAUGGUAAACUGCCUGAAGUACCAGCCACAGGUUGUGAAGGCGAGUCCAACCUGUCGAUGUGGAUCUAUGUGCUCCUGGGAAAUGUCUUGCGGGGGAUCGGUGAGACGCCUGUUCAGCCACUUGGGAUCUCUUAUAUAGAUGAUUUUGCUACUGAGGAGAACGCUGCUCUAUAUGUUGGCUGUGUGCAGACCAUUUCGGUGGUUGGCCCUGUGUUUGGCUACCUAUUGGGCUCCCUUUGUGCCAAAAUCUAUGUGGACAUUGGAUUUGUAAAAAUGGAAACUAUCACCAUCACUCCAGCAGAUGCCCGCUGGGUGGGGGCCUGGUGGCUGGGCUACCUCAUAGCUGGGGUCAUCACCCUGCUCUCUGCCAUCCCAUUCUGGUUUCUGCCCCGCUCCCUGCCCAUAUCCAGGCCCCGGGGCCCAGAAAAGUGCACACCAGAGCAGACAAGUUUCAUUAAAGACUCUCCUCUUCUGAAGCACAAGUAUCCUGCAGACGAUAAUACUAGUUUCAUAGAGAUGGCCAAAGACUUUAUUCCAACCCUGCGGACUCUGCUGGGACACCCUGUGUAUUUGAUCUACCUGUGCGUGACAAUCAUCCAGCUGAACUCUCUCAUUGGCAUGGUCACCUACAAGCCCAAGUACAUCGAGCAGCACUUCAGACAGUCUGCCUCAAAGGCCAACUUUCUGAUGGGUGUGAUCAAUAUCCCAGCUGUGGCACUGGGGAUGUUUUCUGGAGGUCUACUGAUGAAGAGGCUGAAGCUGAACAUCAUGGGGGCAGCCAGGUUUGCCUUUGGCACAUCUCUGAUCGGUUACAUGCUGUCACUAUUUUUCUUCGCAAUGAGCUGCGAGAACGCCAAGGUAGCCGGGGUGACACUUUCGUACAACAGCAUGGAUAUGAUAUCUUAUGAUAAACACUCAGUGUUCACAGCCUGCAACUCCGACUGUUUUUGUUCAGCGAGUGACUGGGACCCAGUCUGUGGAGAGAACGGCAUCACAUACGUUUCUCCCUGUCUUGCUGGCUGCACCAGCUCUGCUGGCUCAGGAAAAAACACAUACGUGGUCAUGUGUGUGCGACUUUGCAUGUCUCUCCAGGUCUUCUCUAACUGUAGCUGUGUCGGUGUGGCUGGUAACUUUACGGCCAGUACAGGUCAGUGCCCUCACAAGGACGACUGUGACAGGAUGUUCCCGUACUUCCUGGCUCUCUCUGUCAUCACUUCCUUUAUCAUCUCCCUUGGGGGGACACCAGGCUACAUGUUUCUCAUCAGGUGCAUCAAACCACAGCUGAAAUCUUUGGCCUUGGGUUUCCAUGCUCUGGCAACACGUACCCUUGCAGGGAUCCCAGCACCCAUCUACUUUGGAGCAAUCAUCGAUACAACAUGUCUAAAAUGGGGUCAGAAGAGGUGUGGAGGCAUAGGAGCCUGUAGAAUCUACAACACCACUGCAUACAGGAUAGCAUACCUGGGUCUGACUCUGAGCCUGCGGACUAUCUCGUUCAUUAUUUGCAUCCCGGGCUUCAUUCUACUCAGCCGACAGCUGAAGGAGGAGGAAAGAAAUGCGAUCCACGGAGCUCUGGCCAACGGCGGUGCAGAGCUGGAGGAGCUCAGGAAGGAGGAGUUUGUGAUUUCUAAUUCUGACCAAUCACAACAAACGUCAGGCAACAGCACAGACAGGGAGACACGGCUGUGACAGAUCCAGAAGAAUUGAUGACCCCCCUCCCAUCUCCUUCACACACACCACAGAUGAACAAAUACAACCACACACAUACAUAUACACCCACAAUAUGUACAGAGUGAUACUGUACACAUACACACACCAUCACACACAAAUGAGAUUUGCAGGGAAUCAUAAAUUCUAUAUUUGUACUACUGGACCUGUGAAGGCUUUGUGAAUUUGACAGAAAUUUGAUAUAACUGAAAUAUUUCUUGAAUGUACAUGCUGUUAAUUUUCUUUUGUCCUUUUAUAAAGAAAAGUAUAACAAUAUUUUUCUGUUUUAAUAGUGGCACAAGAGAUUAGAUGGGAAAUGUGACUUGUACAGGCUACUGCAAAAACAGUAUCAUUCUGAAAACCAGCACUUAUAAAGGUGCCUCUUUUGAUUUUCCUCCAUAAUGAAUUUUUCCUUCCUGACACCACUGUUCAGAAGAACAGAAGAAGAGAAUUGGCCUUAUCAACCAGAGUAACGAAACUAAAUUUAAAUAAAAAGAUGAAGGAAAAUUAGGCCUUCAAAGAGACAGGAAGUGAGGAUGUUUUUUUCUUCAGAAUUUUAAAUAGAGAAGAUAAACAGUUUGAUAUGGAAAUAUAUAUUUGAACAUGUAUUUCAGUAACUUUUAGAGGGCUUGUCGGUUGUUGAUUUGACGCAUGUGCCUCAUUCACUCAACAGUUACCUCUAAAUCAUUUGUGUGUCAUCUGUCUUGCUGAUAGUAGAGAACAAUUUUGUCAUGUUUUGAACAGAUAUCUGAAUACUAUUUCAUUUUACUUUGACAUUUCAGACUGAAUUUAAGUCUUAACACUCAUUUAGACAAAAAAAGGCUUCAUUUCUGACUCACUCUAAAACAUUUGUCUUUUACUUUAAGCCUGACGUCAGGUCUGAUUGUAUUGCAGUUUGUGUUGUGUACUUUCUGAAUGUUAACUAGUUCCUUUGGUAUUCAUACUCACUAAAAUGGAAAUUGUAUUUUAGUGAGAUCUGCUUCCCUGUUUCAAUAUGGAUGACAUCCACAAGGAGGCAGUACUGUAUUCUUAUACUGUCAACCAGCACCAGCCCCAUUGAACUCGUAACUAAAUCUGGUAUUAUUCAGGAGAAAAAUGUUUUAUCAGGAAUACACAACACACUAGACUUUGUCAUGACACUGAUAAUUAGGAUCAGACUGAAUGCACCUCAGCAGGCUCUGGUGUUGGACAGCCAUUUUUGUUUGAAACAGAUGGCUGAGGUGAAUGCUUGCUCUUGUGUCUGUCUGGUGGUUGCCAUGUGUUGUGCCCUGGAAGAGGCAGAAUUUGUAUGGUUGCAACACCGAUAAAAGAUAUACUGUAUGUUUUCCCAGUCUUUAGGCAAACGACCCCACUGUGUGUGAAGUAUCACCACAGGAAAUGUGCAUUUAUGUUACUGAGGUGUAUAAGUUCCACGUCUACAGCCAUUGCUAUGUGAUAUGUUUCACUGGUGAGUCUGUUUUUAGGUUAUAUUGGGUUUUUGUAUGUAUAUGUGUGUGUGUGUGUGUGUGUGUGUGUGUGUGUGUGUGUGUGUGUGUGUGUGUGUGUGUGU